UCCUGCUGUCCUAGGGAGUGAGGGCGGGGUGCGGCCCCCACAGCCGGGGUGCGGCCCCCACAGCCGCGGGUCCCCCCCGAGGAGCUCCCCAGGAAAUCCCUGUGUCCAUCCUCUCGUCCCUUCUCCGCCCUCCCCGCCAGGUUACGGGGAAGAGCCCGGCAUGGUUGAGAACUCUCCGGCGCCGCUGCCGGAAAGGGCGAUUUACGGAUUUGCGCUUUUUUUGGGCUCGUGGUUCGGCUUCAUUUUGUACCUUAUCUGGGCUUACAUUCCUGAGACUUGGCUCUUCUCCCUGGGACUGACAUACUGGCCUCAAAAGUACUGGGCAGUUGCCCUGCCAGUUUAUCUGCUGGUGGCUGUGGGUAUUGGGUACAUUUUGCUUUUUGGGAUUAACAUGAUGAGCACAGCUCCGCUCAGCUCCACUCACACCAUCACAGAUAACUUUGCCAAAAAGCAGCAGCAGAAGAAAUUCCAGGAGGAGGCGAUUCCAGCCCUGAGAGAUGUUCCCAUCAGUGAAGUCAACAGGAUGUUCUUCCUGCCUGAGAAAGGCACCAGCAGAUAGUUCUGUUAAAUCCUGUUCCCACAAAAGAUUAAUAAAAUUGAUCGUUUUAUUAAUUAAAACCUCUCCGGGCUAAAAAGAAA